UGUUGAGUGAGUGACAGAAAUGGAACAGAAGCUGCAGCUCUGCGUAUUCAUGUUACUCAUACAUGUUUCUCAUGCGGUGUGGCAGCGCGUGACUGUAAAAAAAGGUGAGACCGUUGACUUAAGCUGCCCAGUUACUAAUGCUCACCAGACCAGCAUAGACUGGAAGAACCCUGAGGGAUAUGUCAUGUUCUUCAAGCACAAUAAAGCAGUAGUGGUUAAAGGUUUACAGGACAAGCGCUACAGGAUGAGCAAACUGUCUGCUUCAGAAUUCACCGUCAGUAUUUCUGGUGUCACCUUCAAAGAUGGUGGCAACUACACCUGCUCCCAGUAUGGUGAUCACAUAACAGAGAAGAUAGUGGAGCUGACAGUGUUAGAUAAUCCCAAAAUGAAAAGAACAAAGGAUAAAGGAAGGUUUAACAUAAAAUGUAUUUCUGAGGGGAACCACUAUCCACCCCAGAUCUCCUGGAAACUGGAUCAAGGGCCUGAAAUUCUUGCUCAUUCCCAAGUCGUGCAUGGAGAUCACAAAUAUGUUUCAAGAGCUAUGUUACAUAUUCAGUCUGUGGAGAGCAGAGUCACUGUGAAAUGCCUUGUUCGCCAUCCAGCUCUGCACUCACAACCAUUGAUGGACUUUGUCAAAAUUGGACGUAACCCAGCAAAGUCCCACCACAAAACCACAACCAAUUCAUCUGCAGCUCAAGGGUCAACAACAGUGCGCCAAACAACAACUGACUGGUUCAGACAUGGGAGAACAACUGUGUUCCCUACAACUAGAGAUGUGAAUGGGCCUUCAUCUGAGAGCACUAUAACCUUAUCAGCUGUUCCAUCUAAUCAGCUGCUUCCUUCCAAUGAGCCAAGGACUGAUACAACACCCACAGGCUCACGUGUCAACACUGCUCAUACGUCAGGAACGUCUGUAUUAUCAAGCUCAACCAGCAGUAACGACACCAUCAACAAUAGAACAAGCACAACAGGCUGGACAUCUGUCUCUGAGACAACAGAGGAAAUCACAUUCUACAACCAUACAGAGGGAAACGGAACAGGAAGCUUUAAUGACCCGAAGAUGCAGACAACUGGCGAGGGAAGUUCAACUCUGCUCGUUUUCCUGGUAACAUGCCUGAUCUUUGGUCUUCUGGUGGUGGUUAUUUUUUUUGCCAUCAAGCUGAGGAGAGCACAUAUCACCUGGAAGAGAGUUUUUAUUGUUACAGAGAAUGAAGAUUCUGAUCCAUCUGAGGAAAGCAAUAAGUCAAAAUCAAGCCAGGAGGAGAAGAACUCCCAAGGACAAAGGCGAAGAGGGGUCUUAAACACUGCAUUCACACAGUAUGUCGUUGAAACAUCGCCGGCGAUAACCUCUGUGAUAAACACAGCUGCGAUGGCAGCAACAAAGGGUGUAAAUGAAGCGCAGACUUCUCAGCUUCAAACCUCGGGACAAACUUCAGCCAGAUGUAACAUAAAGGAGACAGAGCUAUAACAAGCUGUAAAUUACAGCAUUUAGAAUGUAAGCGAUAUCAUCAGCACCGUUAUCAAGAUGGCAUUUUAAGCUGGUUAUCUUUGUUUUUUUUACUGCACUUGUAAAGUGUGUGUUUACACAGAAAAGAAUAUGGUAGCACAAUGCUUACAACUGUAGUACUGUACUGUAUAUAAAUACUGUGUAUGUUUUGUGUUUACAUGAACCAAUAAAUUAUAUUUUGCUGGAACAUAAUGACAUGCUUUUUUAA